UACUGCUCAGUGACUUCACCGUCUGGUCAUUGAAUAUUCAUUGAAAAGCCACGGGAGGUCUGCGUUUACGACAGAGUGCGUGCGCGUGGUGGGAAUGGUAGCAAGAUGGCGGCGUUGAAGGAGGAGCAGUGCUACGGACUGUCCUGUGGAAGAGUGAGCAAUGGCAGCAAUGUCUCCGUCUUUCACGUCAAACUCACUGACAGCGCGUUGAGAGCGUUUGAAGGUUACCAGAGCAGCAAGGGCCUUUCAUCACAGCCAUUGAUCCGAUUUACUGGAAACCAAGGGAAAAUUUCAAUACCACGGUCAGACAAUCCAAAUGAAUUGCGAACGUUUACCUUCUACCUGUCUAAUGUGGGCAGAGAUAACCCCCAAGGCAGUUUUGACUGCAUCCAGCAGUACAUCACCAGUGAGGGGAGCAUUCAGCUGGAUUGUCUGGGUGGCAUCCAGGACAAGAUAACAGUAUGUGCUACAGACGACUCCUACCAGAAGGCCAGGCAAAGCAUGGCUCAAGCUGAGGAGGAGACCCGCAGCAGGGGUGCCAUCGUCAUCAAGCCUGGAGGAAGAUAUGUUGGUAAGAAGGUUCAGAUCCGGAAACCAGCUCCUGGCCUCUCGGACAUUGCCCCGUCACGGCGGACAUCUCGGCCAGUCAUCAUCUCCAGCAGCACGCUAAAGAAGAGCACGACGCAGCAGAGACCGCUCCGAGAGCGCCUCACACACCUGCUGGCCCUUAAGCCCUACAAGAAGCCUGAGCUCAUCCUCAGACUGCAGAAAGAUGGCCUAUCACAAUCAGACAAGGAUUCCCUGGACAGCCACCUGCAACAGGUGGCUAACUUGAAUGCAAGAGACAACACCUUCACAUUGAAGGACUCUUUGUUUAAGGACAUUCAGAAGGACUGGCCGGGCUACACCGAGGGAGACCAGCAACUUCUCAAGAGAAUCCUUGUUCGGAAGUUGUGCCAGGCCCAAAGCACCCCUGCCCCUCCAGCGGAGACCCCAAUGAGCCCGCCCAAAGAGCUGGCCAGCAACUCCCCAUCUCAGAAACGGCCUGCUGCGGACUUCAUCGACCCUCUUGCCAACAAAAAGCCCAGGAUAUCACACCUCGCUAGCAAGGCAGCAGCAGCGCCAAUCAAUGGCAAGCUCAGCUCGUCCAACGGGAGAGAGGCAAGUGGAACACAGGCGGGGUCGGUGGUGGCGGGGGCGGCUGUGGCGGGGGCGGCGGUGGCAGUGUCUGCGUCGGAUAGCAUGGUGACAUCCAUCUCUCAGCCACUCCCUCUGCUGGACAUCCCUCGACCUUACGACCCACUCUCAGAUGUGAGCAACGAUUCUAGCCACAACGGGCGGGAUUGUGAGAGUCAGGAAUUAGCAGUGUCUGAAAGGCUCGGCCAGCCACUGUCAGCCUUCUCGGGGUCCAUGGUGCUCACUGUGCCCAGCAUUGGCACCUCAUCCCCUGGACUAACAGCCCUGGAUGGGCCUCGUGACAAGAGCCCCUCAUCCUUACAUGGCAAGUCCAAGAAGAAGUCAAAAAAACAUAAAGACAAGGAGAAGACCAAAGAAAGGGAGAGGGAGCAGGAGAAGGAAAAGGAAAAGGAGAGGAAGGCUGGUGAGGAACAAAUGCCUGAGCCUGAUCAGGCCUGUGAGAUCAGCUCCAGCCCCGAAAACCUCAAGAGCAACAGUAUUCCACACAAAAGCACAGAUCUGAAUGGAAUGUGCAACAGCACCAGUAUUCGUUCGUCAUCAUCUGACAUGGCAGACUAUUUAACGAAGUACACAGUGAUUGGCUCCCAGGAGCAGCGUCAGAGCUAUAAAAAUGACUUCAACGCCGAGUACAGUGAGUACCGGGGCCUGCAUGCCCGGAUUGAGGGCAUCACUCGGCAGUUCACUGUGCUUGACUCUGAGCUCAAGCAGCUCCAGCAAGGCACAGACAAGUACAAGACAAUCCACAAUCAGAUACUCCAAGAGUAUCGUAAAAUAAAAAAGACUAAUCCAAAUUAUAGCCAAGAGAAGAAUCGCUGUGAAUAUCUACACAACAAACUGGCACAUAUAAAGAAACUUAUUGCCGAGUACGAUCAACAGCAACUUCAAAACUGGCAAACUGGCGCUAGUUAGACAUUGUUCCCCUGUUAUCUCUGGAAACCAGACAGAGAAAGGAAAACUUUGGAUUCCGGUUGCUCUGAAAAGUACUUAUGAAAGAUGCCAUGAAGGGAGUAUUCCCCUCAUUGGGGCCAAAAGCACUAGUGAGGACAAAGCAGAACAUAUGAUCUUCUUUCUCUCUCUCCCUCUCUCCUUUUUUUUUUUUUUUUUUUUUUUGGAAGAUAGGACUGAGGCUGCUUUGGCCAGGUCCCUCCGUGUAGCUACACUGCAUCCAGAAACAGAUCCUGUGUGGCUUUGUUUUUCUCAGCACCCUACCCCCUUACAGUGCACAGAGGUCUGUCAAAGAGUAGACAAGGAAAAGUCCCAUUCUUUGGCGAUCACCUAAUAAUCUCUCCUGGUUUGGAGGUUGGAGGGAAGGGGACACUGAGGUGGAAUCUGCAUUACAGUAUGUAUGCCAAAUGCAAAUCAUUUUUGUUUUGAGUACAGAAAAGAUAAAUUAAAUGGAUGCUAUAUCAGUUUUUCCCCAUAUACUUAAAUGGAUGGUUCUGAUGCUGAAUUUAUUUUACUGUUUUUCUUUUUUAUUUAUUUUUUGACACACAUAGGGGUAAUGAGUCUGUUAGAAUUUUACACUCCUCUCAAUAUCAGUACUAAACAGCAGUGUCUCUUGUUUUUUGUCUUCACAUCUUGAAUGUCAGUAUUUUAUUCAAAAGCUGCCUUGGCUAUUUAAUUGUCAAUCUUUUGCAGUUUAUUUUCUCUUUUAAAGAGAUUCAGAUAUCCCUAUCAAAAUAAUAAAUAAUAGUGCUACUAAAUGGGCACAGUCAAGCACAGGUGCCUAUGCUUGGCUUUUCUUAAAUCAUGUGCAGAUGUCUUAACAAGGGGUUGUGUUUAAGAGCUGCCCCUCUGUCAGCAAUUUGAUGGCUGAGUGUGAAAUUUAGUCCCUCUGAGUCGUUACAAGCUGUGGGGCUUGUUCAUCAGACAAUUACAGCCGUGGUCCUCGGUUUUGGGUCAUCAUAUUUCAGCAAUGGGGAUGAAACACGAGACUAUGUUUAGCUCUUAAUUGGUCUUCUUUUCCAAUCAUGAUAAUUUCUGUAGCAAUACAACUAUUCAAAGUUAUCUGAAGAGUCCAUUGCCAACUCUACUCUUUAGAAACAUGCUUCAGAAGAUCCUCUAAUUGUAACAUGAUUCAAUGUCAGAAUGUGCAGAGAUUCAAUUUGGGUUAAACCAGAGAUCUAAUAUACCACGAGUUACUAUCAUUGUAACUUUGUAUUAUGUUAAAGUUUUGUUUACAAUGUAUAUAAAAAGAUCAAAUCUUCUGUUUUAUCUGCUCAUCACCCACAAUGAUAGUCACCGAGGCGACUGUUAAUAUGAAGCCAUCCACAGUCAUCUUCCAAGUGGAGCCUGGUGGGCCUCCUGCAGGGCCACUGUUCUUAGGGCCUCCCAGAGAAGGAAUCUGUGAUUGGUAGUUUUGCCUUUUCAAAUGUGAUGUCAGAUAUUCACAAGGAUGACCUUGAUCGUUGAUCAGAUCAGCACCCCUCUCUGACAAGUGUUGUGAAGAUCCACUCUGAGAACAUAUUUGAAGACAAAUUGGAAAUGCUGUACUAGAACUCACCUGACAAACUGAUGGAGUUUGGUUUAGUCAGCAAAUGCAUUUCUUAUUUUGACCUUUUUAUGUGAACAAGAAAAAUCAGCACUUUUCCUUCUAAUCUUGCUGUUACCUGGGGUUUUGUCCAAAUGAGACUUUUCUCUUUGUCCAUCGGAGUGCAUGCUUUAUGAAUGUGUUACAGCAAACAGUAUUUUUAUCUUUACUUGAAAAAACUGCCCAAGGAUACAAAUCCAAGCAAAGACCGAGUCCAACUGAACUAUCAUGUAAUCAAUUAGAUGUGGCUCUGACCAGCAUGUAUACCAAAGUGCUUACUGAGUUGGGUGAGACAAAUGCACCCCUGGAAGUUGGCAAAGGAACAUAAACCAUGUCACAGUAUUCCUUGCUGCAGUUUUAAGUUUAAAAAUUAUUCUGUGAUCCAUAAUAUUGAUCUUCCAGAGGAAAUCCCAUUCAAUCCUUUGUCUUGAGAAGUUGAAAGGACUCUCCUUCAUUUCAGAUGUUAUCUGCAUGACUGGGCUCAGACAUUUCAAUGUGAUGAAAGGUUUUCAAGCUCAUCGUUUUUCAAAUGCAAACACUACACAUGGCCAACGCUCAGAGAUCCAUCACAACAAUGCUGAAUACUACUGGGUCUAGACUGAGUUUGGAUCUGGGUACGAAGGAUGACUGCAUGGGAGGGGAAGGAGCGGGGCCAGAGCAGUUUGGGGGGGCAUGUGAACUUGAAUGUUUUGUGACCAGAAUCAAUACUCAGCAUCGCCCAGUACUGCAACCCUUUAAAAAAAAAAAACAAAAAAGGCUGCUUUUCACCAUUCUUAUUGUGCAUUGUUUUCUAGAGACAUUCUGAUAUGAUUACUGUAUUACACCUCCAUUUUGAACCAGUUAUUCAUCAGUAAAGAUGGUAAAGACAUUUUGCUCAGAUGCGGAGCAGAUUGUUUGAAAGAAACGAUAUGCCAGCACAGAAAUACAAUUGUAUGAGUUGAUUGUGCCAAAUGACCUGUUGUAUAGGUUUUUUUCUUUGAUUAUACACAUGCUGCUGUAUAAGCAAAGAGGGCUUUGGUGAAGAGUCGUCUGAGAUGUUGGCGCUAAAAUCCAAAGCACGCUUUUUGAAACCAUAAGGGACUGGGACUGAAAUUGAUCUUUAUUUCAAUAAAAUUCUUUCAAAUUCUCAUUUGUGAAAUUCUGAA